AUGGAUUCCUUAUUGAAGAGUAUAUUUACAGCUGUGCUGUUGGCUGAGUGCUUUGUGGGAAUCCAAAUAAAUUCCUUUAUUGUGGCCGUUUUCUUGAGGAAAUUUAAGGUGCAGAAAUCCCUGGAAGCCUGCGAAAAAAUCAUCACCUGUCUGGGGGUCUUCAGAAGCUUCCGCAUGCUCCACAGUUUAACAUAUUAUUUCCUUGAAAUGUAUUUUCCCUGGUUGAUCCGAUUACCUGCUUUUCUCUCAGCAAGUUUACUGAUAGGUUUGUUUUUUAACCUUGCCAAUCUCUGGAUCACCACUGUACUGUGUGUAUUUUACUGUGUAAAGAUUACAAACUUCAGCCAUAAAUUAUUCAUCUUCCUGAAGCCCAGGAUCUCCAGACUAGCCCCUUGGUUAUUGGUGGCAUCUCUUCUGAUAUCUCUGCUUUUCAGCCUUCCAGCUGGUUGGCGUAUUGUGAAUGUACAGCAACAAAACUCAACAGUUGGUGCCAUGAACAAUAGGACCAUGCACGAUGUUUUGAUGCUAAAUGGCCAAAACCGACUGACAAUGUUCCUUGUGCCAUCCUCAUUACCAUUCAUGAUAUUUUGUGUUGCAGUCAGUCUGUUAAUUCGAUCUCUUUUGAUGCAUAGCAUACAGAUGAAAAGCAGUGGCACGGGCUUUGGAAACCCAGACUUAGAGGUCCAUCUCAACGUUGUAAAGAGUAUGGUCCUCUUCUUGUUCUGUCAAAUGUUGUAUUAUAUAAGUGCGUGUUUUACUGCAUCUGAAUCAAUGCCUAGAGAUGGUCCCUGGAAAGUUUCCAUUAGCAUUGUAACAAAUGCUUCUCCGUUAAUUCAUUCAGUCUUUAUCAUAGCCAGCAAUUCAAAACUAAAAGAGACAUGGCUGGAAAUGUGGCAUGGUCUUACAAAGAUGUGCUAA